AUGCCUUCGGACCCAAGUCUGUCCACCAAAGUAAACCAAAAUCCCUACAACCUGCAAUUCCCCCAGCACUCUCCCCCUACCAUGAGUCCACCGUCUCCCACGGCGAUGCUACUAGUUUCUAUGCUAUCGCUUUCCUCCUUCCUAACCAUAGCCCAUGGUGGCAGCUUCUACCAAGAUUGCAUGGUCACAUGGGGCGAUGGGCGUGGCAAGAUCAUCAAUGACCAACUCCUCACCCUCUCUAUGGACAAAUACUCCGGCUCGGGCUUUGAGUCCAAGAACGAGUAUCUCUAUGGCAAGAUUGAGAUGCAGAUCAAAUUUGUACCGGGCAACUCGGCUGGCACGGUCACCACCUUUUUUCUACGCUCGCAAGGUCCGGCACAUGACGAGCUCGACUUCGAGUUCCUCGGUAACGUCAGCGGCCAACCUUAUAUCGUCCACACCAAUGUGUUCACCCAAGGGAAGGGCGAUAGGGAGCAGCAGUUCUACCUGUGGUUUGAUCCCACCAAGGAUUUCCACACCUAUUCCAUCACAUGGAAUCCACAACACGUUAUCUUUGCGGUGGACGGCAUUCCAUUGAGAGACUUCAAGAAUCUGGAGUCCAGAGGGGUGCCAUUCCCGAAGAACCAAGCCAUGAAGGUGUACUCGAGCCUGUGGAACGCCGACGACUGGGCCACGAUGGGUGGUUUGGUGAAAACUGAUUGGACCCAGGCACCGUUCACGGCAUCCUUCCGUAACUUCAAUGCUGAUGCCUGUAUCUGGUCUUGGGGCACAUCUCGGUGCUCGUCGGGGAAAUCAAAGGCUCCGGCUUCAGCUAAGGAGGCCUGGUGGACGGACGAGCUGAGUCCGAUGAGAUACCGGAGGAUGAGAUGGGUGCAGAGGAAGUAUAUGAUUUAUGACUACUGUGCUGAUCGGAAGCGGUUCCCUCGUCCGCCUCCAGAGUGCAGGCGCCGUUGAUUUGGUUCACUUUUCAGAGAGCAUAUAGAAGUCCUCAUGCAUGUCAACAUAAGUUUUUGAGGGUUUUUCCUGUUUGUUUAUGUACUCUAUUUAUAUUGUGAUUGCCAAUAAAAAAUAUUUCAUUAAAUCA